CCCACUGGAAGCACACCCCAACCGCCUGGAGCCAGGCCACCCGGCAGCCCCCCCACUUGGUGCCAAGUUCAAACCCCACUCCCAGGAGGGAGAAACCAUGCACCGGAUCACCCGGGACGUUUUGCUGGAUAUGGAGGAAGACGACGAGGAGGAUGGGGAUGUCGAGUUGGAAAACCUUGACAGGACAAAUAUCUCCAGUUUUGGGGCACUGGGAAGUCAGCCUGAACUUCGAACCCCAGAUUUUGAAGAAUUUGAUGGAAAACCUGAUUCCCUCUUUUUUAAUGACGGCCAGCGAAGAAUUGACUUUGUUCUUGUGUAUGAAGAUGAAAGUAGAAAAGAAGUCAACAAAAAGGGUUACAAUGAAAAACAAAGAAAAAAAAGACAAGCUUAUGAAUCAAACCUCAUUUGUGAUGGUCUAGAGCUAGAAGCAACAAGAUCACUUGUGUUUUCUUUCUUCCAAUCUAGGUUUUAUGACGACAGGCUUGUAUUUGUAAAAGUCCAUGCCCCAUUUGAAGUGUUAUGUACAUAUGCAGAGUUAAUGCACAUCAAAUUGCCCCUGAAGCCCAAUGAUCUGAAAACCAAGACCUCAGCCUUUGGAAAUUUUAAUUGGUUUACCAAAGUUCUCCAAGUGGAUGAAAGUCUGAUUAAGCCAGAGCAAGAGUUUUUUACUGCCCCAUUUGAGAAGAACCCGGAUAUGAAGUUUUAUAUCCAUGAUAAAGAUACCUUUUUCACCCCAGCCACCAGAAGCCGCAUUGUUUACUUUAUCCUUUCUCGGAUCAAGUAUCAAGUAAGAGAUAACAUUAAGAAGUUUGGGAUCAACAAACUUGUAAGCUCUGGAAUCUACAAAGCAGCUUUCCCUCUCCAUGAUUGCAACUUUGGCCAUCCGUCAGAGGAUCCUACCUGCCCUAGCGAACGAUACCUUUUAUACAGAGAAUGGGCUCAUCUCGGAGCAUAUACAAAAAGCAAGCCCUUAGAUCUCAUCAGGAAAUAUUAUGGAGAGAAGAUUGGGAUCUAUUUUGCUUGGCUGGGCUAUUACACUAAGAUGCUCCUUCUCGCAGCAGUAGUAGGAGUGACUUGCUUUCUCUAUGGAUUUCUUAAUCGAAAUAACUGCACAUGGAGCAAAGAAGUUUGUGACCCUGAUAUUGGGGGCAAGAUAAUAAUGUGUCCACAGUGUGAUGUACUUUGUCCAUAUUGGAAACUCAAUAUUACUUGUGAAUCUUCAAAGAAAUUGUGCAUCUUUGACAGUUUUGGAACUCUAGUCUUUGCUGUAUUUAUGGGGGUAUGGGUUACCUUGUUUUUGGAGUUUUGGAAGCGACGCCAGGCAGAACUCGAGUAUGAAUGGGACACUGUUGAGUUACAGCAAGAAGAACAACCCCGGCCAGAAUACGAGGCUCAAUGUACUCACGUGGUAAUAAAUGAGAUCACUCAGGAAGAAGAACGUGUUCCCUUUACUACCUGGGGGAAAUGUAUACGGAUAACCCUCUGUGCAAGUGCUGUCUUUUUCUGGAUUCUAUUGAUCAUCGCAUCAGUUAUUGGAAUCAUUGUCUAUAGACUCUCUGUAUUCAUUGUAUUUUCUUCAAAACUUCCCACAAACUUUACUGAAACGGACCCAAUCCAGAAGUAUCUGACCCCACAGACAGCCACGUCCAUCACAGCUUCCAUCAUCAGCUUUAUUAUCAUCAUGAUUUUGAAUAUCAUAUAUGAAAAAGUGGCAAUCAUGAUCACUAACUUUGAACUUCCAAGGACACAGACUGAUUACGAGAAUAGCCUAACCAUGAAGAUGUUCUUAUUCCAGUUUGUCAACUAUUACUCUUCCUGUUUCUACAUAGCAUUCUUUAAAGGCAAAUUUGUAGGUUAUCCAGGAGAUCCUGUGUAUUGGCUGGGAAAAUACAGAAAUGAAGAGUGUGACCCAGGUGGUUGUCUCCUUGAACUGACAACACAGCUGACAAUAAUCAUGGGAGGAAAGGCGAUCUGGAAUAACAUACAAGAGGUGUUACUUCCCUGGGUCAAGAACCUAAUUGGACGAUGUCGCACAGUAUCUGGAACAGAAAAGUCAACCCCUCGAUGGGAACAGGACUACCAUCUGCAGCUCAUGGGCAGACUGGGCUUAUUUUAUGAAUACCUUGAAAUGAUUAUUCAAUUUGGAUUUGUCACCUUAUUUGUGGCAUCUUUUCCACUGGCUCCUCUGUUGGCUCUGGUGAACAAUAUCUUGGAAAUAAGAGUGGACGCAUGGAAAAUGACUACCCAAUAUAGACGCAUGGUGCCAGAGAAAGCCCAAGACAUCGGAGCAUGGCAACCCAUCAUGCAAGGAAUCGCAAUUAUGGCUGUAGUGACCAAUGCUAUGAUCAUUGCUUUUACAUCAGACAUGAUCCCUCGCCUGGUAUAUUACUGGUCCUUCUCCAUCCCUCCCUAUGGAAACCACUCUACCUAUACAAUGGAAGGUUAUAUCAACAACACCCUCUCCUACUUCAACAUCAAUGACUUCAAAAAAAUAAGUAGGAGAGAUUCUGAUUCUGUACUUGGUAACUACACCACAUGCAGGUAUCGUGAUUUCCGUAACCCUCCUGGACACGAACAACAGUAUAAACACAACAUUUACUACUGGCACGUGAUUGCAGCCAAGCUGGCUUUUAUCAUUGUCAUGGAGCAUCUCAUCUACUCUGUGAAAUUUUUCAUAUCAUAUGCAAUUCCAGACAUAUCAAAAAGCACGGAGAGCAAAAUCAAGAGAGAAAAAUACCUAACCCAAAAGUUUCUUCAUGAGAAUCACCUCAAAGAUAUAACAAAAAAUAUGGGAAUCAUAGUUGAGAAGAUAGGAGAAGUAGUAGAUAACAACGUUCGACCAAAAGUAGAAUAAGAGCUUUAUGUUCUUAGAAGCACUUUAAAAAAUUUAACUGUGUCAAAAUAUAUUAUGAAUCACAAUAAGAAUGUCUGUGAAAUCACUUUAAGAAGUUUGAGUUUUAACUGUUGCCAUUUUCAUAUUGAUCAUUUUUCAGUUUUAGCUAAUGAUGCAGGAACUGGAAAAAUGUAAGACUUAAAUCAAAAGGGCAUAAAACUAAUCACCUAGAAAAAAUUCUAUUUUACCAUUCAGUAAGACAGGAAAUUUCAGUAAGAAAUGGACAGUAAGACAGGAAAAGUCUUUUAAUGAAUUUAAAAACAUCCUUUCUAAAUCAGAACAGAUUCAUUUUUUUCUCCAUUUGAUAACUUUUAUUCCUUUCUGUUUCACACACAUUUUUACUUUU